AUGCGGGAGCACGUGGUGGCCGCCUCCAAGGCCAUGAAAACGGGCGACUGGCGUCCCCCCGAGUCGAUGCGGGAGCACGUGGUGGCCGCCUCCAAGGCCAUGAAAACGGGCGACUGGCGUCCCCCCGAGUCGAUGCGGGAGCACGUGGUGGCCGCCUCCAAGGCCAUGAAAACGGGCGACUGGCGCCGCUGCCAUCGCUUCGUGGUCAACGAGAAGAUGAACGGCAAAGUCUGGGACCUGUUCCCCGAGGCCGAGCAGGUGCGCGCCAUGCUGGUCAGGAAGAUCCAGGAGGAAUCUCUCCGCACUUACCUGUUCACCUACAGCAGCGUCUACGACUCCAUCAGCAUGGAGACGCUGGCGGCCAUGUUUGAGCUGGACCUGCCCACGGUGCACGGAAUCAUCAGCAAAAUGAUCAUCAACGAGGAGCUGAUGGCGUCGCUGGACCAGCCCACGGCCACGGUGAUGAUGCACCGCACCGAGCCCACGGCCACGCAGAACCUGGCGCUGCAGCUGGCCGAGAAGCUGGGCAGCCUGGUGGAGAACAACGAGCGCGUGCUGGACCAGCGGCAGGGCGCCUACGGCGGCUACUUCCGGGGUGAGCGCACCUGGGCGCACCUGGGCGCACCUGGGAUACACCUGGGGACA